GAAAUUCAUUGGUCAGUUAGCAGGCAGUAACCGGAAGUAGCAACGUUAGCCUGACUGGCUAAUCUCACUAUACCCAGAUAAAAAAAAACAACAUCUUAAUGUUUGUGUAAGAACAGGUGUGUGUUGUGGAUUUGAUAUUAUAGUCUUCGCGAUGACGUCACAACCACAUGCUUGCAGUAAGUAGCGUAUUUAAGGCUUAAUAAACGGAGUGAAUGGGUGGUUGAUCGACCGUUAGCAACCAUGUAGCUAAAGCAGCUAACAGCAGAAACUUAGUAUUUCUGGCCUUGACGCUUUUAAAAGUUUGUGCUUUGAGUCUACAGGACAAGUCAGUCUGUACGUCUGAGGUCACCUCUUCUCACCUUGUCCAGCUGAGGACCGAGAGACUGGGGACAGAAACAGAGUGGACACAGAACUACUGACCAAGACAGAAGAAGAUACAGGAUAUCUGCCUGAAACCUACAUAUUAUAGAAUAUAUGAAGGUUGAAGACAAGGACAGUGGAAAGGAAAAGUCGAGAGGAGUGAGGAUCUCUGAGGUGAUGAAGGUUGAAGCAGAUGAACCUGGAGGGCUCAGGUUGGAGCCCCCCAUACCUGCAGCAUCCACAUCACAACUGGAUCAGACUGAAGACAACAAGGAUCUCAAUGUUCACAUGAUAAAAGCUAAAGAAGAGGUUCCCCAUGACUGGAGCUCUAGUUUGUACCAGCAGAACUCAAACACCCCACACGUAAAGGAGGAAGAGGAGGAACUAAGGAUCUGUCUGAAGGAAGAGCAGCUUACUGUGAAAAGUGAAGAUGAAGAGAAACAGGUCAUUGAGCAGAUCAAAAGUGAUGAAGAAAGUAAGACAGAUGGUGCAACCAGGAGCCCAGCAGAGAAGAGAAAAUCAGACCUUGAUGGAGAGCACUGUGGAGAACCAGAACCAGACAGGAACCCAAAUCCAGCAUGCUUUUCUCAACAAAGUGAGAUGGCAAUUCACAAAACGGGCCAAAGUUCUCAAUUGUGCUCUAAACCUGCUGUUCAGAGUGAAGUCCAAUCAGGAGAAAAGCCGUUUAGUUGCAGUAUUUGCGGCAAAAGUUUCAAAAAUAAGAAAUGUGUUAGAUUGCACAUGAUGGUUCAUGUACAAAGCAGGAACCAUAGAUGUGACCUUUGUGGAAAAUGUUUUAAAAAAAACAGUUGCCUUCAGGAACACAUUAGAGUCCACACUGGAGAGAAACCAUUUGCCUGUGAUGUUUGUGGUAGAAGGUUCCACGCAAAAACAAUUCUUAGAGAUCACCUAAAGGUUCAUUCAGGAGAAAAACCUUUUUCCUGUGAUACUUGUGGUGCAAGAUUUAAAAGAAAUGUCUGUCUUACGAAGCACUCGAAGAUCCACGCUGCAGAGAGACCGUUUGUCUGUAGCCUUUGCAGUAAAGAGUUUGUACACGAAAAUAAUUUCACGAGACACAUGCGUGUUCACACAGGAGAGAAACCGUUCAUUUGUGGUUUUUGUAGUAAAGGAUUUCCACUACAAACUCGUCUUAACAGUCACAUGCGCGUUCACACAGGAGAGAGACCCUACAAUUGCAGUGUAUGCAGUAGAGCAUUUUCAUAUCAAGAAACUUUAAAGCGACACAUGUCUGUCCAUACCGGAGAGAAACCAUACACCUGCAGUGUUUGCAGUAGAAGCUUUUCACAUAGUGAUACUCUAAAAACCCACAUGCGUGUUCACACUGGUGAGAAGCCAUUUGUUUGUAGUGUUUGUAGUAGGGGAUUUUCACAACAAAGAUACCUUAAUGGUCACAUGAGUGUUCACUCAACAUAGAGUUUGUUUAAUUUCAGUGUUUGUAGUUGAUAAGCAGGUCUAAGAAAUUGAUGAUUGUAAUUUAAAGUCUUGGAAGGAGACACAGAUCAAGCAGAAACAGAUCUCCACUCAACAGAGAGGUUUGUACCAGCAGAUUUUACUAAAAGUAUUUUACUAAAAGCUCCUUCAGCUUUUUUCAAAUUUUCAGUUGGAAAGACAGGAAUGAAGUCAUAAUUCUAACUAGGAAAGUUGGAGCUCGCCAGGCAACUCCAUGUUUUCCAUCAGUCGUAUGCGCAUGUAUAGAAUCUAGUGAAAGUUGUUAAAAUAGACUAUUAUCACUUAACAAUGUGAGUCUCAUUUAAUCAGCGGUGCUCAUAGAGCUGCAAAAUAUUGGAUAUAAACAAUAUAAAUAUAAUAUAUGAAUAUAAUAUAAACAUGUUUUUGUCUGUUUCAAUGUAUAAAAUAUGGAGAAAUAUAUACUAACCACCUUGUACUUUUAGUCGUCACCAAUAGAAAUGGCAAAUCUCAGUUUUCCAGCUUGAGACCAGAAUGCUCUGUAUUAAGGUUUGAGGUCCAAACUGUGACUUGUGAGGCAACUCAAGUGCAGGUGGAGGUGGAGGUGAGCAGCCUGCUCAGUUGCAUUGAACAAUCCAGCUGCAGUUGUGGGAAAAAAAAAACUCUCAGGUUUUAGUUUCUGAUGGAUCUCCACCUCUUUUGGGAGGGAAAAAAACUCAAAAGGUUUGUAUUCAGGGUGGUGAAGGAUUUGGCCAAACCCCUAUCUUUUUUUUUUUCUCUUAAUGUCCUGCAGACAUAUGGGUCCUGUAAAGAGAGCAGAUGUUAGCCAGGUACAUUUUCUACAGAUUGAUUGGUGCUUCCUGUCAGACAGGAAGUCUCUGUGAUCCACCUGCAGAUGGAGUCAGAGAUGUUGUCUUGAAACAAAGCUGGGAUUUUGCUGCUGAAAUGAGACCUGAAGUCCUCAAAUAAUAUCCUGGUGUAGGUGCCUGGAGAGUUCAGAUGCUGAAGCACAAAGUGACAUGCAAUAUUACCAACAUUGUCUACACACCUGUUGGCUUCAUAGAUGAACUGUACAGCGUGUGAGAGGAUUGUUGUGUCUGUCUUUUUUUUUCCUGAGUAUAUCUUAGCUUUAUUUGCUACUUAUCUGAUUGCAGUUGUGUUGGUGUUUUUGCAUUAGAAAUGUUAGUGCUGUGAUUCUGUAGUGCAACAGUAUCGGAAAGAAAUGGUUGUGAUAUAUACGGUACAUUUCCAAGAAGAACUACAUUGUUGCAACUUUUUCAUAUUUUAGAUCUCUUCCCAAUGAGGCAAAGAGCUGGAGUUGUAAAAGUAACCUUUUUGUUAAUGUAACCAGGCUUCCCGAUUUGGCAAAAUAUGAAUUAACACCAAACAGAGCACGCUAAAACACAGCUGCACUCAUCUGUGGUGGCACUUAAAUUAUCUUAGGGGCAACCUGGUAAGGUAAAUACCUAAUAAAAGACAUUAUAUGAUAUAAAUCUAAAAAAAUAUGUUGUAGUUAACUCUAAGAAGGAUUUGUGCAAUAUUUUACAUUUCCACCAGGCAAAUAGCAUUUGAUCUUUGUUGUUUCAAAGCAAAAUAAAUGGGAUUAGCUGCAAUUGUUGCCUGCUAAUAUUUUCUCAAAAACCCUAAACUACUUUUUUAAACAUAAACCUAAACUAUACCAAACAGUGUAAGAGAAAGAUCGGGAUUACAAAACUGAUUAAACCUACUGACGGACACUUUUAAUUCUGCAUAACAGUCUACUCCCAGCAAACCCACUUGACUUGUUUAUGGUAAUUGUUUCUAUAUUCCUGUAAAUGUUGUGUUUCUGCUCAAAGUUUCAAUUAUCUUAAUACAGUCAUGCAUUUUGUAGAACCAGCACUUUUUUCACAACUAUGUAUUUUUCCUUUUGACAUUAAUGUAUAUUCUCAACUUUUAAAUUAUAUCUGUGUUCAUCCUUAUGUGCCUCUGUGUGAUCCUCUGUGCAUGUCAACAUUGAGAAAUAAAUGGUAAUUUUAG